AUGUUGGGUGGCGCCGCGCAGCAAAUCAGGUUGGCAUCGAGGAAUUUGGUGCGCGAGGUGGACAAGGCCAGCUUCAAGGUUGGCACCUGUUCCAAACCUGAUCUGAGGUCUGGCACAGCUCCCCUGGCCGUUCUCUCUGCAGCCGCUCCUGAAGAUCGUUGUGGGAGUGGACGGGCUCGUGUUAACCCCUGUACUCCUGGGGGCCAAUUCUUUUGUCGAGGUUCACAGAAUGGGCUGACGUGCAGAUCUCUGCACAUCCAGCACGGUUGGGCAUUCGGAGAUGGCCCAAGCCUGCGGGCCUUGUCUUCACAAGCUGAUGAAUUGGCCAAGGGUUCCCCAGACUGUAAGGAAUGGAAUCCCAGCCUUGCAAGCCCCACAAACAGGAAGGCUGAUGCCCCUGGGGACAGGAGCAAGUGGCAAACCAGGCAAUCUGGCUAUGUAGAGGGCAAUGAGAAUGGAGAUGAGUCCUCCAGAGGACACAAAUGGGCGAAAGGGAGUGGAGACAAGCAUCAACAAGGUGGAAUGCACAAUGCAUGGGCCAACUAUAGCUCAUGGUUCAAGGGGCCAGCAGAGGGGAAGAACAGUGCAGACUCCCCUCAAGCCAGCAUGGCCAAGGUGGGACAGGUCGUUUGGGACGAGGUCAAGAAUGCAAUCCUGCCAAAGGAGGCGGUGCUUUCCGCCACACGUGCCAGAGAGGGGACCAUUUCUUAUGGCGAGGCUGCCAGCGGUGGUCCCUCCCAUCUGGUUGUGGCUGAACAGAGGAAAUCCGCCUUUUGGAAGCUGCUGGAGGACGCAUUCCAGAGCAGCCCUUUAUUCAGGAGGCUGGAGGGUCUCAAGGACCACCAGGUGUUCAGCAGAGGCCGGGAGAUUGCCGCUGGCCUAAGGGACCGGUGGGAAGCGAGCGAUCAUCCGAUGAUGCACAAAAUCCAGGAUGUGCAGGACCGCCUGUUCACGGAGCCCGAGGCAGCCCGUGUGAUGCGCGAGAUCCGGCUGCGCGAUCCCUCUUUCGACAUGGUGGCUUUCCUCACGUCAGUGAAGGCCGACAUACCCGCCAUCAUCACGGCCUACCUGGAAGGAAAAGAGGCCGUCCUGCGGCAGCACUGCACGCAAGAGAUGUCGGAGCGCCUGGUCGGUAUGUACAGGCACUACGAGGCCCAGGGCACACGGCAGGACCCCACCCUACUCUUCGUUUCAGACGUCGAGCUCUUCGACGCCACCUACGUGGAGCAGCAGCCCGUCGUCGUGGUCACGUUCUCCUGUCAGCAGAUAAACUGCCUGAGGGACAAGUUCGGAAACGUUGUGGAUGGGGGCGAGGACGAGAUCCAUCAGGUGUACUACGCGUGGGCGCUGCAGCAGGACGAGCAGGGGGCCUUCGGGCCCGGUGGCGGGCUGCUGCCGCCCAGGUGGCAGCUGCGGGAGAUGAUGAUCAGGGGGUGCCACAAUUUGUUGUAG